AUGUCGGAGUCUUCAGAAUCAGCGCCGAAAUACCGCAUCCGGCCCGGAACCUUCUUUGAUGUUCCAGUUACAACACGGAUCUAUGCUGCAUCGUUCGGCAACGAACCAUUAAUCGACUUUUUCUUUCCCACGAGGAGACAGGAUCCUUUGUCUUUCUAUACUUGGUCUUGUCGACGAUUUCAGCGUCGGUAUUGGACGCCUGGGUAUUCGCUGAGUGUUGUGGUUGAUAAGCAUGAUCAUCCCGUCGGCCUAUCGUGGUGGAAGCGACCAACUCGGCCUCUGACACUUCUUCAAAAGGUCUUGUCUCCCUUUGUCAACGGCUUUAUCAACCUGCAAGAAUAUCUCUUCCCAGUCCAAGGUCUCAACAAGAACAACAUGGAAACUUUUGAACAAGCAUUUUCUGACGUUGAACCGCAUGUGCUCGACACCCCACAGAGACAAAAGGCGCACUACCUUUCUCUGCUGGGCGUCGACCCUGUCCUGCAAGGAGAGGGUCUUGGCAAGAUGCUGCUUGAAGAUGGACUUGAGAAGGUAGAUGAUGAGGACUCAGCGGCUUGGCUCGUUAGUCUAGCUGGUCUGGAGAAGCUUUAUGCAAGAUAUGGCUUUGUUGAGGUGAACAAGGUUGAGGUUGAAGGGCUGCACGAUUGGAAAGGCGGCAUGGUAAUGGUUAGAGAUUGA